GGAGAGGAGGAACGUGAGGUGGAGGAGGAGGAAGGACAUGUCAGAGAUGUUAGUUCAGAGAGAGUUGUUGGAAUCAUCCCCUGAUGGUGUUUUACUUUUAAAUGGACUUGUAGUUGCAGCUGCCUUGGGCCUCUGCUAGAGGUGGACUUAAAGAUGUAAAAUGACUCAAAGCACUGUCCUCUGUGCCUUACAAAUUCCAACUGACGGCAGCUGAUCAACACAUUCUCCUGAUCUCAGUUGUCUCCAUUAAUAAGUGGAGGGUGAUGAGGUUGGCAGGGAGCCUGCAGCUUGUUCUGCUCUUGGCCUCGAUCACCACGGCCGCAGGCCUCAAUAUCCCUCUGGAAGUGGAGCAGCCUCCAACCAUCGUAACUCAUACAUCAGGCCCCAUUAUUGCGCUUCCCUUUGACAACACCAUUACUGUCAGGUGUGAAGCCAGGGGCAACCCACCGCCAGAGUACAGAUGGACAAAGGACGGACGAGACUUCAACUACUCGGAAUUCACAACAAACAAAACACACCGCAAAAAUGGCACUUUUGUGCUUCACAGCAAGCAGCUCUCCAAGUUCCAGGGUAAAUACCGAUGCUACGCUUCCAAUAAGCUGGGAAGUGCCAUGACGGAGGAGAUCGAGAUCAUAGUUCCAAGUAUCCCUAAGUUUCCAAAAGAAACACUUGAGCCCAUUAUUGUUCAGGAAGGUGAACCAUUCACCCUGCAGUGCAACCCUCCACCAGGCGUGGGCCCACGUCAGCUGUACUGGAUGUCUCUUGGUCUCGAGCACAUUGAGCAGGAUGAGAGGGUUUCCAUGGGAACUGAUGGCAACCUGUACUUCUCUAAUGCCUUACAGAAAGACAGUCGCAAGGAUUACUGUUGCUUCGCCGCCUUCCCCAGAAUACGCACCAUCGUCCAGAAAACCGCCAUGGCCGUUGAGGUCGAAAGCUCUGAAGCCCCCCCAGUGAGGAAACCCAGCCUGCUGCUGCCCUCUGGUGUUCAGACGAUGAAGGUGUUGUUGAAAGGGGAGAGCCUGCAGCUGGAAUGUAUACCAGGGGGCUUUCCCACUCCGAAAAUAACCUGGACAAAAAUGGGAGACGACCUGCCUGCACCGACAAAUCUGACCAACUUUCAAAGGCUGUUGACCAUUUCUGCAGUAGACGAGAGGGAUCAGGGGAAAUACAUGUGCUUGGCUGAAAACUCUGCCGGAAAGGCUGUUCACUACUUUGAUGUAAUUGUGGAAGAGCCACCAAAGUGGCUGACAGAGCCUCCUCAGAGCCAGCUGACUGUGAUUGGGUCUGAUGUUCACAUCAAGUGCUCGGUCAGUGGAAAACCAUCGCCAGACAUAACAUGGAGGAAGAAUGGGGAGAUCUUCAGAGGUGAUGAGUUGAACAAGAGGCAGGUGCUUGAUGACGUCGUGAUGCUUCAUAACGCCCAGCCAGAAGACAAUGCCGUCUACCAGUGCGAAGCCUCCAACAGCCACGGCAGCAUUCUGGCCAACGUUAACAUCAUGGUUGCGAACGUGGCUCCUCUUAUACUGACAAGAGACUAUCAAGAGUACGCUGUAGUGCUUGGAGUGGACAUUAUCAUGAACUGCAGUGUUUUCAGCUCCCCACCAUCCAAUAUCACAUGGUCCAGAGACGGGAAAACCGUAGAGGGAGAACGAUUUGUUGCUCUUGAGAACGGACAAUCACUGAAAAUCAUCAGCACGGAAAAAGGCGACGCAGGGAACUACGUGUGCGACGCCAGUAACACGGAGGGAACGUCGACUGUCACUGCUGUGCUGGAAGUAAAAGACCCCACGAAAAUAGUAGUUCCACCUCAGAAUGUGGAGAUCGUCAGUGGAACCACAGCUCAGCUGAUGUGCCAUGCAGAGUAUGAUAAAAGUCUGCAGGGCAGCUUUAAGGUGGUUUGGAUGAAGGAUGGGGAGGAGAUCCCGCUUUCCCUGGAGGAGGAUUCAAGGCACUUGGUGGACGGCGGCAGGCUGCAGAUCAUGAAUGUGAACCUGAGCGAUGAGGGAAGAUACACAUGCAUCGCCAAAACAAGCCUGGAUGAGGACAAUGCCACGGCACUGCUCACCGUACUGGAUGUUCCCGAUGCUCCAAAAAACUUUGAGAUUUCUGAUAUUAAGAGUCCGCGAGUUGUGCAAAUGUCUUGGGUACCUGGGAGUGAUCACAACAGCUCUGUAACAGAAUUUGUGGUGGAGUACGAGGAGAGCCAGUGGGAGCCCGGAAGGUGGAGGGAGCUACAGAAAGUCGCCGGUAACCAGGCAACAGCUGAGCUGGCGCUGCACGGACACCUUAACUAUCAGUUCAGAGUGUAUGCUGUUAAUGCUGUUGGACCCGGACCCCCCAGUGAGCCCACUGAGAGAUACAAAACACCCCCUGCUGGUCCUGACAGGAACCCAGAAAACAUCAAAAUUCAAGGCCAUCUUCCUCAUCAAAUGGACAUUAGCUGGGAGCCGCUGCUGCCUAUCGAACACAACGGCCCAGGCCUUGAGUACAAGGUGAGCUACCGCAAACUGGGGGUGGAAGAAGAGUGGAAGGAGCACCUGGUCAAACGGCACUCCUUUGUUGUGAGGAACACGUCCACCUUCAUCCCCUACGAGAUCAAAAUUCAGAGCAGGAACAGCCACGGCUGGGCGCCAGAGCCCAAAGUUGUUACAGGUUACUCUGGAGAAGAUGUUCCCACUGCAGCACCACGGGACAUAGCGGUGGAGGUGAUCAACACCACUGUUCUGAGAGUUAGCUGGACCCAGGUGCCUCCUGCCACAGUGCGAGGUCAUCUGGGAGGAUAUCACGUUCACUGGAUGAGGAGAAAAAGUCUGCUGAACCCCAACAGGGGUUUAGACGAGCACCACUCGUUGUCUUUCACUGGAAAGAGGAGUCAUGCCAUCGUGCCGCAACUCGAGCCUUUCUCCGAGUACAAACUCACUGUCAACGUUUUCAACAAGAAGGGCAACGGGCCCAGGAGCGAGCCGGUCACCUUCAGCACUCCAGAGGGAGUUCCAGCGCAGGUCCCCAUCCUGACCGCCUCCAACGCCCAAGAAGACUCACUGCUGCUGGUGUGGGGGCCGCCGCCGGAGGCAAACGGCAUCCUCUCCGGCUACCUGCUGCAGUACCACCUCAUUAAUGAGACCACAUUGGAGGUGGUGGAUUCCCACGAGGUGAACAUCACUGGGGCCGACACCACCCAGUGGCAACUGUGGGGACUGGAGGGGGGCAGCCUCUACCGCUUUCACCUCAGCGCCUGCACUCGGGCAGGUUGUGGACCUCCGCUGGCCCAGGAGAGCAGGGCGGUGGUGACAGGACGUGUGGCAAGUCAAGCGAGCGACUUUUCAACUCAGGGCUGGUUCAUCGGGACCAUGUGUGCCGUGGCGCUGCUCACCCUUGUUGCGCUCAUGGCCUGCUUUGUGCGGAAAAACAAAGGCGGCAAGUAUGCAGGUACGCCGCCGCCCCAGCGACAAGACAUGCUCUCCAUGGAAAAAGUGAAAGAGAAGGAGGACCUCCACCCUGACGUGGAGUCACAAGGAAUGAAUCAUGACACCUUCUAUGAAUACAGUGACAGCGAUGAAAAGCCACUGAAGGGCAGUAGCUUGUGUUCCCUGAACGGAGACGACGCGGUCGGGGACAGCGUCAGCAGAGACAGCCUGGUCGACUACGCGGACGGCGGAGAAGAAUUCGACGAGGAUGGCUCAUUUAUCGGAGAAUAUUCCGACCGCAGGCACAGAGGCUCUGUUAGCGAGCCCAGCGGACCCAGCCCUGUCACUGCAUAAAGCCGGGCUCCAAUUUGAACGGUCUACUUCAAAUCCUUUUCGAGAUCCAUUUUAAAUUCAGCUUCCCUCACUUUAAGUAUGGCUUGAAUAGCCAAAUACAGGGGGAAGAAAGAAAAAAAAAAGACUCAAACACGAAGAAAACUUUGACAGCAGACGGGUUUUAAGCGAAAGAAUUCACCCACCACACACAUCAGUAUGAGUCUUUGUACAUGCUGUAAGAGAAUGAAUGAUGUUGUUUUUUAGUGUUUCACCAUUUUAUUAAUGAGAAUAAAGUGUUUUGGUACCUAUCAGCCACAUUGAUUGUGUAUGUAAGAAAAAGUAGAAACUCCAAAAUGAUUCUUCACAUCUCCAAAUGUCAUGGCUGUCUUUUUUUUUACCCAGAAAAUGAACAUAGUGCACACAGUAGACAUGCAUAUGUAUCUACAACAUGUGUUCAAUCAUUUAGGAUACACAGUGCAGGAUGUUUAUUUAUUAAUUAUAGACAGAAUCACUCUCAUGAUUACCGAUAUCCAGUCAUAAGUGCUUUCCUGUGUUUUGCUGUACAUUUUUCACAUGUCUGGACGUGAAUAAUUUGUAAGAUUUUAUAAUCAGAUUGCAGAUGUUUUAUAUCAAUAUAUCAAACAUGUUUCUAUAUACAA